AUUGUGCAUUCCUCUUUUUUCCGUGCGGGUGGGUUGUUAUCGCGAGGAACUCAGGAGGUAAAGCGAAGCGAGAGCGCUUUCCUCCGUCGACGCUUCCAGAGUGGCACAGAAACGGGGACGUGCAGAUUGCCGUCUCCGUGUCUUUAUCAUGGACAUUUAUGACUCGGUCGACCGCAUUUUGGGCUUCUUAAUGAGAAUUGUGUCCAGUCUCCUUUGCGCUGGCUUCUCCCACCGCACAUCUGUAACCGCUGGCAUCCCGUUUUCAGCACCUGGACAGCUCCCCGUCGAGCGGCUCUUAUUAUUAUCAUCAUCAUCAUCAUCAGGCACAUGGAGUCCCUGGUGUGAUUGUGGGGGAAGCCCUGCAAGCACAUUAUGCAUCUACUGAUCCGGUGAAAGCCUCGUCGACUCCGCUAAAGGAUGGUGCCUCCAACCCAGAGGAGGUGUUCUCCAUACUCUGAGAAGAAGCGAUACGUGUGCGCAGUCGACGCAGAUUUAAGCCUAAUCGCUGCCGACACACAGGAAGAUCCGAGCUUCAGUCACACCGAUCAUCAUCACUACAACAAUAAUAAUAAUCGGCUAAGGAAGGGACAUCACCAUCACUGCUGUGUGGUCAAUGGAGAAGGGACCAUGUAGAACAUACUCAAGAGAUAUGGUCCUGACCACAUCUCUGCAGUGGUGGAUUUAGCUCCUGGCUUCAUUUAAAGAAGACAUAUUCGCAGCAACAAGACAUGAGCAAUACCCAAGCUCCUCCCCAGGGUGGAGCCUCGGAUCUGGAGGUCAUCUCCCAACAGGUGGAGGACGACAACCAGUGCGUGGCUCCAGUCCAGCUAGUCAAUUUCACCUACAGAGACUUGCCUUUGGCAGCCCUGGACAUAUCUCUGGCUGGUUCCCAGCUCAUCUCCAACCCUGAUGAAGAGGACAACAGGGAUGGGUCUAACUGGCUGAAGCCUUGCUGUGGACGCCGGGCGGCACUGUGGCAGGUCUGUCUGCUGUCAGCAGGUUUCAACUGUUUCCUGGUGGCCUGUGUCAUCCUGGUGGUGCUGCUGCUGACAGUGGAGUUGCUCAUAGACAUCAAGCUAUUGCAGUUUAAUAAUGCAUCCCAGUUUGCCAGCAUCAUCCACUGGAUCAGCCUGGCUAUACUCUCUGUGUUCUUCACUGAGACGGUGUUCAGGAUUGUGGUGCUGGGGAUAUGGGAUUACAUUGAGAACAAAGUAGAGGUGUUUGAUGGAGCUGUCAUUGUGCUGUCUUUGGCCCCCAUGGUGGCCUCCACAGUGGCCAAUGGCCCCAGCAGCCCCUGGGACGCCAUCGGCCUCAUUAUCUCACUGCGCAUCUGGAGGGUUAAGAGAAUCAUUGAUGCAUAUGUUCUGCAAGUGAAGGUGGAAAUGGAGCUGGAGAUCCAGCAGUACGAGAAGGCUAAAGCAGUGCGGGAGGAGCAGCUUGAUCGUCUAACCCAGAUCUGCCAAGAACAAGCUUUUGAAAUCAGACAGCUGAGGGCCCACCUUGCCCAGCAGGAUCUGGACCUUGUAGCAGAGCGCGAAGCUGCCAUGCAGAUCCACCAUAUGUGGGGGAAACAGAGCAGCAGCUUCCAGGAGGUGGACGGGUUAGCAGUGGGGGCCUCUGACCAUCACAGACCAGCCAAAGUUAGGGAGCCUCGGGGGGCAACAGAUCAUCAUGGUCAGGAUGACAUGAAUAACUACAUCAGCCAGUACUACAGCGAGCCAAGCAGCGAUAUGGGGAUCCCAGACCCAGCCCGUGUCAUCACCACGGCAGCGAUAGAUGUCCAUCUGCCCAACAACCCCAGCCAGCUUCCCUCUACCUUAGUUAGCGCCGACGCGGCGCUGUCCAGCCGACUGCAGCGCACCAGCAGCUCUGUGAGCGAGGCGUCCACCACGGCCGUGUCCCGCAGCAGCUUCAGCGCCCGUCAGCACAGCAUCAGCAGCCACACGCUGGGCUCCAGCAUGGACUGCAGCUCCACGGUGCGCGAGGCCUCCACCUCCACGGACUACAGUGACCAGCGCUGCUACCCGCCACCGUACAGCAGCCCGCUGGCCCUGGGCCCCCAGCCACGAGGGAAUCCCAGUGCUGUGGUGCAGGAGCUGCUCUACUCACUUUCUGAGGACUCAUGUCUCACUCAGAAGGGCUUGGACCCUGUAAAUCUAAAACCGCCCAGUCCGACCGGCUCCACCAAAACCAGCCCAGAGCUGGAGCGCAGACUGAACAUUUAUAACAAGAGGAACCAAGAGAGCCGGAUCGGGCUUCACAACAAGCCGGUUAUCCACCUGCAGGGUAACGAGCCUCUGCUUGAGGAAAAAUACAGGAUGAUGGGAUCGGUGGAGACUUCAGUCAACCACCUGUCAGAAGCGUAGGACUUCACAGACCAACUAGGGAGGCUUGCUCCUCUGAUCAAGUGCAAAAAAAAAAAAAACCUCAACUACCCUGACAAGUCACUGGCACA